AUGGACAGUCUCUGUUACCCUGCUUGCUGCCAAGUAGUUCCAGUUUGGAAUUUAGUGGCCAUGUGGCCAUCGGAAAAGGAGGAGGAAGAGCAGAACAUAAUCCUGAUCAGUGAUGAUGAAGAUGAAGUGGAGGGCACCCAAGGGAAUUCUGUCCUGUUUGUAGAGCCACAGGAGGAAUCUCGCCUGGAAGAGAAGAAAUCAGAAGAAAUGGUGGAUGAGGAAGAGGAUUUAGUGGUUACCUACUGUAAACAAGCAAAUGUGAUGCCUCAUGCAAGACACGACUGCACCACGCACCCCUUUGAGAGAACAGAGUGUGAUACUUGCUCCCCCCUUGGGAAAAAUGCGGAUAUCUGUGACCAGUGCUACUGCUACAUCUGUGACAAACUGGCUGCUGAGUGCCCACACUGGACAACCCCUUCCCUGUGUCACUGCAAUGCCCACAACAAAAGCAACUUCUGGAAGGCCCAGAGGAACUUUGCCCUGGCCGGGGUCCUGGCCACGUUCAACCUGGAGCUGCUGGACCUCGACGCGGAGCUGCGGCAUGGGGGAGAUCUUCUAGAAAAAUUUAUCAAGGAACUUUCUGUAGCAUAUAACAAAUACCUAACAGGAGAAAGGAUGUGUCUCCCAGGACAGGAAUGCUUCUGCAAGUCAAAGCUGCCCCCUGGGCAGUGCAAUGUCUGCAGCUUACAGAACAUGGAGGUCAUGUACACGUAUUCUGAUGUUUUCGAGCUGGUAACAAGAUUUUUAAAUCAGGCAGAACAAGAAAGCCCCAAAGCUGCUGCUGUCAUGCUCCUGGGAGCAGCUAAACAGAUUGCCCUGCACAAAGACCCUGCUCUGAGCUGUCAGAACCUUGGCCACACUGCUUCCCUAAGGAUUGCUGUCCCAUUUCUGUUCCAAAGAAUCACAACCCGACUUCAGAGGAUGCUGGUGUUGUGUGACUUUCCAAAAAUCCUCUAUGAAAAGUUUGUUGCAUUUUUUCAGUCCAUCUCCCUUCCCUGCCACUGUUACGCCUUCUCAAACAGCUUGAAUGUUGUGCCCUGGGACCACGUGUUACUGACCACAGUUUUAAAAGGCCAGAACCCAACUGGGCAGAGGAGACAGAAAGGAAGGAAAAUGUACCUGUGGGAAGCACUCCCUGUCGUGGAGGCUCGAGUGGAGAAGCUGCUGGACAAAAAGAAAUACAGAGAAGUUGUUCGGUACCUGAGAGCUGUGAAAUGCAAUGAAAACCAAAGGCUACGAGACCUUCAGGAUAUGAUCCCCUUCUACCUGUGCAAAACUGGGAAUUUCCUGGAUGCUGCCCAUUCCCUGCUGUUCCCUGUGAACAGCCUGGCCUCCUGCUCUGCCUGCAGGAUCACUCCCUGCCAGUUCAAGGUUUACCUCAAGAUAUUCAGGACAGGCUGUGUUCCCUCUGGGAAUGACAUGCUGGAGACAGGGCCCUGGGUUACAGCUGGCUCUCCCCUGAAGAACAGCGUGCUAAUGAAGCAGGCACUCAAACUGCUGUACAGCAGCAAGGCACUCUACAGGAAUGUCAAAUGUUGGAGUUCCUUCAUCAUGAUUUUGGGCAGUAGCGAUAUGCUGGAAAAGAGGGGGCACCUCCUUCCCUUAGCCUUGGAAGAGCCCCCACUUGGCUUCCAAGAGCGUGUGCUGGCUGCCAGUGCCAGCAUUUUGGAGGAUCUCAGGGCUGGAGUUAAUGUCUCUUUACCAUCUGCUGUUUUCUCUGCUCAGCUGGAACACGAGGCUUCUCUCAUCCUGGCAGUGCAAGCAAUGCAACAGAUGCUUUAUUGUGAGCUUCCCCACCUGACUUCCUUCUUAGAGAUUGUUCUGGCUUUUGGGAAAAACUUCUGGGCUCUGAGGCUGUUGCUGGACCAACUUUCCUGUGAGGAGCACAUCCUCUGUGGCACUGCCAACCUGCUUUUGAGGGAUUUGAGUCAGGAGAAAGCCACGAUGCUGCGAGUGUGGCAGAACCUGGGCCCCCAGUACGUGGGGGAGUUCCUGUGCCUGUUCCUGACGUGCAGACACAAGAGGAUGCAAUCCGUGGGGCUCUUCACCCUCAACGUGAUCAUCGAGAACCUGCGCGUAUGUUCCUGGAUUAAGCAGCUCUGCACCUUUUUCCAUGACUCGGGGUUGAGGCAGCUCCCCUUUGGCACCACAGUUCACCACGAAGUUUCGAAGUUCGUCAGUGCUUUUGAGAAACUGUAGUUCGGACAAAACCCUCGGGAAUAUUUUCCAGUUGUUUUCUGUCCGAGCAGUCUGUUCCUGGAGUUCCUCGGGUUUGCUUUGGUUGUCACCUCCAGGAACAAUCAACUAAAAGCUCACUUUCCUGGCUUUGGAGUGGGAACAGAGCCAUUUUGGGGAGUUUCUUGCAGUUCCACAUAUUAAGGAGUUGUUGGAAGAGGCAGCAGGUUGGAGUUGUUUUCAGAAGUUGAUCCAUGGGGAUCCUGAGGAAAGCAGGGAAACACGGAUGGAGCAGGAAGCACCAAAGAGUUUUUUCGUCGUGUUGGGGCACAAACCUUGCAGGAGGCAACUGCUGAGAGGGAAAAGCUUAAACCAGGAAAACAGGGAGUUUAAAACUCCCUCUGCAGCAGUUUGGGGUCAAGUGCUGUUGGCACACCUUUGAUUUUGGGUUUAAUUCUAAACCAAGAGCCACUCUUGAGGCUGAAAGAUAAAACUGAGCUUUACUUUCUUCAAACAUGAAAGGUUAAACUGAGCUUUACUUUCUUCAAACAACCCCAGUGAAGGAGGCCGUGGGGCAGUGAAGAGCUGAGUUUAUGUGUAAAUAAUCCAGAUUUCAGGCUGGGCUUAUAUUUUCUGCUGAACUUAAGGUUUAGAUUGGUGCUGGUGGCUCUGUGCAUUUCCCAAAUCCUAAUUCUGGUGGGAAUUUUGAGUUCACUCUGAGCUGGGCUGGUGAAAGAACUGUUUGGAGCCUGGUUUGGGCUGUCUGCCCCACUGGGAUCCCUCUCUGCACUGCCUGGGCAGGCAGGAAAACAAACCUUAAUAUGUGACCAACUGCACUUUGCACAUUUCCAGGGGGUUGGGGGCUUUGGCAGCUCUUGUGAGCCCCAAGUUUUGUACAAAAAAAAAAAAAAUGCAGCUGGAUCAAAAUUUGACACCUUGUUAAUUAAAACUGUGCAAGUUCUAUUGUUGCAUCGGGA